ACAAAAAUGAUUGUAACUGGAAUUUAGGUAAAAGAGUUCUCCAUGUAAUGCUUUCUCCUUUUAACGUUUAGAUGCUAUACCCCUACCCGCUGACAUUAAGAUACUCCUUUGCCUCCGUUUGUGUUCCUUUUAACGUAGGAAUUCGCAGGAAACACUGAUCAUUUUCUUGUUGUGAGUCAUUUGCUGAAAAAUCCAAUCAAUGUCACUCGUUAUAUAAGAAUUUAUCCAGUGGCUUGGAACAAUGGUAUUAGCUUACGAGCGGACUUCUAUGGCUGCAAAUCAGAAAUGGAAAUCCCGCAAACGGUAUGUGCUUCUCCGCUGGGAAUGGAAAACGGAAGGAUACCAAAUUCAGCCAUUGUGGCAUCGUCACGUUACACGUACUCCUAUAGACCGGAACGAGGGAGACUGAACAACCAGGGUAAUGUUUUCUAUCAAAAUAUCAUCGACCAUGAGAUUAAGCCAAAAGGCCUUAAAUAAAAACUCAGGAAAAUCAUCGGUGUAAUUUUGUACAUGGAAACGUGAAACUGUUUCUUUUAAGUGCCCUAUCGAAGAAUACAACAGAACAAAUUGGACAACCACAAGAUAGCGCGCUGGUUACGUGACUAAUCAUAACCAUAACCAUAACCAUAAUCAUAAUCAUAAUCAUAAUCAUAAUUAUAUAGAAAGAAAACCCUAUUAGUUAUGUUGAACUGAUCACUGAAGCUAACCACCGUACCCCCAAACGGCAUUGCAAUUACACCAGCAGGAUCAUCUACUGACUCGCACACAGUAAACAAUGGAUAAACCGCUCAGUCAAUUCACAUUCCUUGUUUACUUACGAAAACUAGUUACAACGAUGUUGAUCCUCGAUUGUGAAGGCUGUGUACUGUUUGAAACAGCGUUAAAUCGUGGAAUUGAAAAGUUCGCUUUUGUAAUUACGUUUGUUUCCAGAAAACACAAAACAGAUCUCAGAUGUACUUAGAGCAAAUACUCAAUAUCAUCAAUAUGAACUAUUAAAUAAGACUUUAUUCUGUAGACAUCAUUUGUCCUCCUUUCGUUUUCUAUAUUUCUUCAUUUCCCCUGUUUUCAAAUACAAUAUUAAAAGGAGGAUGGAUAUCUGACGAUGACUGGAAGGACAAUCAGUUUCUACAUAUUGACUUGGAAAAUGUUACCAAGGUGACCAGGAUUGCCACUCAAGGGACAUCUGAUAAAAACUGGUGGACAAAAACCUAUACCCUGGAUUACAGUUACGACGCGGUAACAUUCAAAACAUAUAACAAUGGUCAGGUUCUGCAAGGAAACAGAGACAGUGUUCAUACAGAAGGCCGCAUUCUCGAUCCUCCAAUCAUUGCUCGUUUUAUUAAAAUAAACGUUAAAACACACAAAGGAAGGCCGUCAUUAAGGGUGGAGCUGUACGGAUGCAGUAAUGGUAUGUAAAUUUUGCUCGUUUGCAAUUCGUCCCUUUGUACCUUGAGGAUGUAAUUAUAGUAGGUGGGUAGGUGGGUAGGAAAACUUUAUUUUUUUAAACACGCUUGCCACGUCAACUAAACAAGAAAAGAAAGAAAGCUGAUUUCCACAAGGGGCGUGUGGCCAUAAGAAGAAAAUUAAAACUAUCUUAAUUAUCUGAUGUAUAUAUAUCUGACAUACUUGUAAAAAAAACGUUCAAAGACAGUUCCAUCGGCCAUAAGCGCCAUGGCCACGCUCCUGGCUAGAACCCUGGCUAGGAGAUUGGCCCGUCACGCAUGCACGUGACAUAGGCCUAUUCCGCAGGGUGCCAUGCCAACACAGAACCCUCACACAAUGUUCUAGUACAACUUAACAUGGUGCCCAACUACACAGUCAAUGAUCAACGUUAUUUGGCACGGACAACUCAAGUCUAGCUAAGUGAAGGUGUCAGUAAAGGAUGCUCUCCUCUCCCUCCUGCUUUUGAUAGCUGGCCACCAGCAAACCACCAGCAGAUAGGCUAGUGACUGGGCCACGUCCCCAGUCUGGCCUUGACGGAAACCUCCUAGGUUCAGAGCCAAUGGCCAAGCCUGGGUUUGGGCACAACCCUAGCCCAGGCGAGAACCUAGCGGGCAUGUUUUUGCGAAAUCGCUCAGAUAUAUUACUAAUUAUUUGUAAUAACACUAAGACACCAAUUACUUUAACUAAUUUCUAAUGGAAAAGCAGCUAAGAUAUUCAAAAGUGUGCAACAUUAAUUCUGUUAUUAAAAAAGGCAAGAGUUUCCAAGUAGCAGAGUGCCGCAGGAAGCGAAUUCCCAAGUGUGCUGUACUACAACUAAAACUUUUCUUUAAAUUAAUAUUCAGUCACGGGUUGCGGUAACUGCACCAAAGUGGGGUUAUAAUACAGAGUAUUUUUCUUACCAGAGAAAAAAGUUUGCCUACUCAGAUACUUUUAUACAUUUGACACUUAAAUAAAGGUUCUUAUCUUACCUUAUCUUAUCUUAUCCUAUGUUAUCUCCGUUUUGAUCACCAAUCAAAAUAGGUUUCCCGAAGCCGAAGCCUCCAGUGUGUUUAGAAGCUCUUGGAAUGCAGAAUAAACAAAUUCUAGACUCUGCUAUAACAGCUUCCUCUGAGUAUCGAAGUGCUUCUUAUGGAAGGUUACAUUUCCUGCGCAGAUCAUGGCAAGUUACUGGUGGCUGGGUAGCACAAUGGAAUGACAAGGAUCAAUUUUUCCAAGUAAAUUUUAUUGACUGGAGAAAAGUAACGCGAGUGGCUAUUCAGGGAAGAGUGGAUGAAGAUCAGUGGGUAGAAAGUUUCAGCCUAUCUUAUGGAUUCGACUCGGUGUUUUUUCAAGAUUACACAGAGGAGGAAGAAAAGAAAGUAUUUCCAGGAAAUUUUGAUCGAUAUACACCUGUUAGUCACGAUCUAAAAAAUCCAAUUAUUACUCGAUACAUUCGUAUUAACCCAAUUACGUGGAAAUCCCACAUUUCUAUGAGGGCAGAGUUCUAUGGCUGUAGGGAAGGAUUAGAAAUCCCCGAAAUAGUAUGUGCAUCCCCGCUGGGAAUGGAAAACGGAAAGAUACCAGACUCGAGUAUUGUGGCAUCGUCACGUUUUGACCAGUUCCGGGGACCAGAGAGAGGAAGACUGAAUGAGAAAACGGAAGGAAACUUCAAAGGAGGAUGGGUGCCGUACUACUACCCGAAGGACUAUCAAUUUCUACAAAUUGACUUGGAAAAUGUUACCAAGGUGACAAGGAUUGCCACUCAAGGAUCAUUUGAUAUAAACUGGUGGACAAAAACCUAUACCCUGGAUUACAGCCAGGACGGGGUAACAUUCACAUCCCACAACAAUGGUCAGGUUCUACAAGGAAACACAGACAAAGUUCAUACAGUGGGCCACAUCCUUGAUCCUCCGAUCAUCGCUCGUUUUAUCAAAAUCAACGUUAAAACAUACCAAGAAAUGCCGUCAUUAAGGGUAGAGUUGUACGGAUGCAGUGAUGGUUUCCCGACGCCAAAGCCUCCAUUGUGUUUAGAAGCUCUUGGAAUGCAGAAUAAACAAAUUCCAGACUCUGCUAUAACAGCUUCCUCUGAGUAUCGAAGUGCUUCUUAUGGAAGGCUACAUUUCCUGCGCAGAUCAUGGCAAGUUACUGGUGGCUGGGUAGCACAAUGGAAUGACAAGGAUCAAUUUUUCCAAGUAAAUUUUAUUGACUGGAGAAAAGUAACGCGAGUGGCUAUUCAGGGAAGAGUGGAUGAAGAUCAGUGGGUAGAAAGUUUCAGCCUAUCUUAUGGAUACGAUUCAGUGCUUUUUCAAGAUUACACAGAGGAGGGAGUCAAGAGAGUAUUCCCAGGGAAUAAUGAUCGAUAUACACCUGUGAGUAAUGAUCUAAAAUAUCCCAUCAUUACUCCCUACAUUCGUAUUCAUCCAGAAUCGUGGCAUGAUCACAUUUCCAUGAGGACAGAGUUCUACGGCUGUAUUGAAGGUGAGAAUUAGCAAAUUCAGUCAC